AGCAUGCCUUAUAGUUAUUAGCCUCUCUCUCUCUCUCUCUCUCUCUCAUUUGUGUCCGUAUUUUAUUCUAGUGUGUUUGACCAUGCCUGCUCAAGUGAUGCCUGAACAAACCUUCCAAGGAAUUCAUGGCUUAGGAAGGGAAAAUAGUCCUUCUCCCUCCUUCAAGAGGUUGGAGGGAAAGGUUGCAAUUGUCACCGGUGGCGCUAAAGGGAUCGGAGAAGCAACAGUGAGGCUCUUUGCUAGGCAUGGAGCUAAGGUAGUCAUUGCUGACAUUGAAGACACUCCUGGAACUGUACUAGCCAACUCAUUGUCUCCUUCAGUGACCUAUGUACAUUGUGAUGUUAGCUCGGAAGAAGACAUUGAAAACCUAAUCAAUUCAACGAUUUCUCGGUAUGGGCAGCUUGACAUCCUCUUCAACAAUGCAGGAGUGCUCGGCAACCAAUCAAAGCGAAAGAGCAUCGUUGAUUUGGACACGGACGAAUUUGAUCGUGUCAUGCGUGUGAACGUGCGAGGGGUAGCCCUAGGAAUGAAGCACGCGGCGCGUGCAAUGAUUCCUAGAGGAGGAGGAUGCAUAAUAUCGACGGCUAGUGUAGCCGGAGUCAUGGGAGGACUGGGUCCACACGCGUACACUGCUUCGAAGCAUGCCAUUGUGGGUCUGACAAAGAACUCGGCUUGUGAACUUGGGCGGUAUGGGAUUAGGGUCAAUUGCAUUUCGCCUUUUGGGGUAGCAACAACAAUGCUUGUUAAUGCAUGGAGGAGUACUAGUUAUGAAGAAGAUGGUGGUGGUGAUGGUGAUGAUGAGUGCAUGAGUUUUGGUGCACCUUGUGAGCAAGAAGUGGAGAAGAUGGAGGAGUUUGUGAGAGGGUUGGCUACCUUGAAAGGUCCAACUCUAAGGGCUAGAGAUAUAGCAGAGGCUGCCCUUUACCUUGCUAGUGACGAGUCUAAGUACGUAAGUGGUCAUAACCUUGUUGUGGAUGGUGGGGUUACCAUCUCAAGAAAUUGUGUUGGCUUGUAACACAUGCCAUAAUUUCAUUUGUAAUUGCAUUUUUUCCGUAAAAUUUGUAAUUCAAAAUUCAUAUGUACCAAGUGCACUUUUAGUCACAUAAUCAUAUUUUCAGAUUCUAGUA